AAAACCGUGUGACGUAGCGUUACGUAUGUUAUUAUAUAUGCUGUGUGAUUUGGACGGACUGGGUGACUGGAUCUGGAACUGAGUGAAGUCGUGUGAAAAUAUACGCCAAUACUUAGGAAAACUACAAGUUCCUGUAUUUUGGGGAGCUUUUUGUAAUAUAAAGAACAUACACUCUAUUUAAAGCAGUCUCAGAAGUGAAACAUCUGUCGUGAAACCUCCUCCUUCGGCCAGUUUGAUUCAAGUUUUUUCAACUAUAUUCAGCAGUUGUUUGCACUUGACCAGGCCAACCGCCACGGCACCGAUCCGCCGAUCGCACCGGGAAGUCUGCACGGAGUUCACGUACAGCUCGGCUACGUAACUACUGAAUUCACGCACGCAUAUCUCGAUCUCGGAAUCGGGGUUAAACUAGUGAACAUUGCUCAAAAAUAGUAAUAAUCACUUUGAUUUCAAUGAAAUAAUAUAUUUAAUGAAUAAGAACUCAUGAGAUAAAUAGUAGGACAGCAACUAAAUCCCUUUGUCUUAGAAUAGAGAAGUGGAACAAGUCUUGGAAAAUGCCACCGUUAUUACGUCAGCCUGCCGCCGUGGUUCGGGUUGCCUUGUCCGGAUCAAAACGAGCACAACGCCUAAUUUCAACUUCAGUUUGCUCCAGACAUCUUAUACAAAGGAACUGCCUUAGGUCACAUCAUCUGAGUAGGUUAGCUAUUCCUGUGCAAUGCAGAGCAUUGAGUACUUCUCUACCCCAUCUCUCCACCUCGGGAGAUGAUGAUGGGUCAAAGAAUGACCCACCUCCACCAGCCAGGAGAUCAUCCAGGGGUGGAGGAAGUAGCAGCAGCAGCGGGGACGGCGGAAACAAAUCAAGCCAGCUUAGUUGUCCCAAGUGUGGUGAUCCGUGUACCCAUGUUGAAACAUUUGUCUCUUCUACACGUUUUGUAAAGUGUGAAAAGUGCCAUCAUUUCUUUGUGGUGUUGUCCGAAUCAGAUAGUAAGAAGAGUAUGAAAGAAACUGUUGCUCCUAAAUCAGAUAGACCACCUCCUCCACCACCAAAGAAGAUUUUUGAGUACUUGGACAAGUACGUUGUUGGUCAGUCACAAGCCAAGAAAGUGCUGUCAGUAGCUGUAUAUAAUCAUUACAAGAGAAUUUACAACAACAUCCCAGCACCAGCUCAAAAAAAUGGAGGAGACGCUGAGGGCAAAGGUCAGAGUGGAAACUUCACUCCCAGGGAACUCUUACAGCUCGCUGGUAUCAGCAACCAAGGCAAUGCAUUAGGAGCUUCAUCUGGUCAACAAGGAGGCCAAGGUCCAACUGAAACUGACCAUCAGCACCGAGGCAGUGAACUUCUCUACGCCAAUAUCUUUGAUUUGAAGCUGGACAAAAGCAAUAUCCUUAUGCUUGGACCAACUGGAUCAGGGAAAACCUUAUUAGCACAGACGAUAGCCACUUGUCUUGAUGUGCCCUUUGCCAUCUGUGACUGCACCACACUAACACAGGCUGGGUAUGUAGGUGAAGACAUCGAGUCUGUUAUAGCCAAACUUCUCGCUGAUGCCAACUUCAAUGUAGAAAAAGCACAACAAGGUAUAAUCUUCCUGGAUGAGGUAGAUAAGAUUGGAGCCGUCCCUGGGAUCCAUCAGCUCAGGGAUGUAGGUGGAGAAGGCGUCCAGCAGGGUCUACUGAAGCUCCUUGAAGGAACUGUUGUCAAUGUCCCUGAGAGGAGUUCAAGGAAGCUAAGAGGAGAGAGUGUCCCUGUGGAUACUACUAACAUCCUCUUCGUUGCUUCGGGUGCCUUCAAUGGACUUGAUAGGAUAAUCAGUAGGAGGAAGCAACAAAAGUACCUCGGUUUUGGUGCUCCAGCGAAUGUGAGUCCAGGCCGCCGAGCGGCUUCCAUCGCUGACCAAACCAACCAAUCAGAAGGCUCCAGUGCCAAGGAAGAUAACGAGGAGAAGGACGCAAUGCUGCGAUUGGUGGAGUCCAGGGACAUGAUUGAGUUUGGUAUGAUCCCUGAGUUUGUGGGUCGUUUCCCAAUCUUUGUCAGCCUGGGCUCGUUAGACGAGGCGAUGCUACAGCGUAUCCUGACUGAGCCGCGUAAUGCCAUCAUACCUCAAUUUGAAGCCCUCUUCAAGAUGGAUUCGUGUCAGCUAACCAUCACUGAUGAUGCCUUGAAAGCUGUCGCUCAGUUAGCCUUAGAGAGAAAGACAGGUGCACGUGGUCUUAGGUCUAUCAUGGAGAAUAUCUUGCUAGAUUCAAUGUUUGAGAUCCCAGGGUCUGACAUCGACGAGGUGAUUGUUGAUGCCGAGGUCGUCCAGGGUAGGAAGCAGCCAGAGUUCAUUCAAAAGACAACCAGACCCAUAGACUCAGCUCCACCCAUCCAAGCAGAAGCCGUCAAAGUUUGAUCAUCACUUCAAACCAAGUCAUACAUUUCCGUUAAUAUAAGUUGCCUCAAACUGAAACCUAUUUUAAACAUACAGCUAGCAUCUUGCAAAGUGCUGAAUCAACUGUAUUAUCCUCUUAUUAUAAUUAUAUAUUAUUUUAUAGCUGAAAUUACACAUUCUUUUCAUACAUUCUUCUUUGAAUUACUUUUGUGUAACAAGAUUAUAAGAAUUAAUACAUUAUGUGGAAAUCAUCUUUAAGAUUGUGUUGAUUAUUGUCUUUUCAGUGUGCUCUCAAUUUUUUAGGAAUAUCAUAUUUUCUCUUCUUCAUUUGAUGUGAGCCAAGGUUAAUGUGAUCAAUUAUGGUUUUCCCAAAAUCAAUUUGUUUUCUUAGAUUCUUCAAAAUAUGUUUAUAAAUUCCAUUUGAUUUGUUAAAAACUGUUUAUUCCCACAAUGCAUCUGGAACUACAAAGCAAGCCUAGAAUUUACAUGUAUGUAACACUAUACAGUGAGUGAUGUUAAAACCUACAUGUAAGUAGUCGUCUCAUUCAUGCUGGGACCAUUUUCCUGAGCAGAGGUCAAAAGUGAACGAUAGAUGAUUAUACCAAGGUGUACAUCUUUUGUUUAUUCAAGGCAAUUCUUGUACAAUGGCGCUUGAAAGGCUGACUACUUGCAUGGGUUUGAAUCUUCUUUACUGCCAUGCAGUGCGCCUCCUUAUGGUUUGCUUGUCUAGGAUUAGUUGUAUAUAUGUAAUUUAUUAUAUAUGAUUUUGCUUUACCUACAUGUAGGUUAAUCCAAUACUUCUUCAUGGAAGCAUUUAUGACAUGAAAUUUUAUGGGACCCCAAAGACUCUAAUAUUAAGCUUUAUACCCAUUCCCUUGUUUUUUGUCGCAAAUAGGAUAGAGCUCCUCUUAUGUUCCCGUUCAUUAAAGUGUGAGCUUUGAUUUAGCCAGUACCUCUGUCCAAUAUUUCCUAUUAACAUUUGUCCUGUAUGAUUUCCAUCAAACUACAUGUAGUUUUAUUUGUAUAUUGUGUAUAUUGUAUCCUUGCAAUUAUGCCUCUGUACAUAUCUAUAUGUAGUUCCGUGAAUAACAAGCAUGUAACUGUAUAAUUUCAUGUCCAAUUGAAUGAUAUGAUAUGUACAUAAGAUUAACUCUCAUUUAUUGACACUUUACAAACAAGGAGUUACAUUUAUUGGCUUCGCAGCAUUCAUUAGAUUUUUUUUUUCUCCUAGGAAAAAAGGUAGUUAUUCGUGUGUGAGCCGUUACAUGUAUACCUCCCUUUCCCUGCUUGUUUCAUCUAUUACUAUGUUUGGUAUUCUUAAUAAAUGAAUGUUCUUAUUUCCCAUUUCAUGAGGAUGCCCCUUUCUCAGUAAUUUACCAGUGAUGGAAUAUUUAAUCUCACUUGGGCAAAGUUGAUUGACUAGGGUCACUUUGGUUGCACAGCAUGUGUUACGGAGACUACUUUGGUAAAUUGGAAGGAAAUCGUUGUGUUUCAUUUGUAGUUAGGGAUCAGUCCUGAUAACCUAUAAAUUUUCCUAGUAUUUUUUUUUUAUUAUUCUUAAAAAAUGGAUAUUGUACAUGAAUGUUGGUUAGUGGCAAUUAUUUUCUUAUUUUUUUCUUUUUUCUUUUUUGUUAUGGGAAAUCGUGUUUAUGUCCUGAUGAUAAACGUUAUAUGUAUAAUGAAUGCUGCUGCAUAUUCAUGCAGUAUUAUGUUUUAUGUAUGAUUCUGUAUGAAAGAAUUACUGCAAUAUGCACUCGAUUUGUUUCAUGAAAUCAGGUGAUACUAUUUUUCUACACAUAAUUUUUUGUAGACAAGUUUGUAACUGAUUACAUGUCUGUUUGUAAAAAAAAGAAGAUGAGAGAAUUCAACAACAUUGCAUUUUUAAGGUUCAUAUAAUCUACGUAAAAGAGUUGACCUACCAAUACAGUGCACAUACGUAUUGCUUGAAUGGGGACUGCACUUGCUUGAUUUAUAAUAAUAAUAAUAAUAAUAAAAUUUCAUUUUUUAUGUAGUGCUCAAUACAUUAGACAACGUAUUUAGUGUGUAACAGAUGUGUUAUUACCCCAGCCAUAGGGAGUCUUUGCUUACUGGUACUCAUUGUACAUACUUUAUAGAUAUCACACAGCGAGUGUUAUAUUCCCCAGGGGAAUACAUGCAUUUAACCAAAAACAAUUUCAAUUUCUGACCUUUUUUUAUGGGAACCUUUUGGCAAAUCAAUUGGUCAUCUAAGAAAUACAGCAAAUUGUUAUUCAAAUCUCCAUAGCACAAACCAUGCAUUUCCUUGUGGUACAGGAGAAGUAGAUGUAGAAUUUUCAGGAAGUGAGGUCUAAAAAUUAUUAGAAAGAUUCUACCUCACAUUUCAUGUAUCAAAGACAGGACUAGUUUUAUAUCAAGCAUGCAGUAUUGUCCAAUUUGGGCCUUAUAACAUUCAAAGUCUGUCCCUACUUUAUGCGAAUAAUAUAAUGGGCCAUGCCCAAUAUUGGCAUCUUUAAAGAAUUUAUCUGAUUUCAAUCGCAACCACCAAUGGAAUGGGGUCAUUUUUGGAAUGCAAUGAGCUAUUGAGCAGUCAUUUGAAUUGGAAAUGGUUUUCUCAAGCUUUUUAUUUUUCAUGAUUUUGAUUUAUUCAUAGCCUUUGAAUAAAUUGAUAAAAAUUCAAAUGAUUUUACUUAUGUUUAAUGUCACUUCUGUGCAAGGAUAUACAUGUACCAUGAGAAGUUUGACGGUAUUGAUAAGUCAUGAUCCAGAAAUGUUAAGAUUAAUUCAUUUUGAUACAAUAAUUAGUAGGUAAUAGUGCAUCAUUCUAGUUGGUUUGAUUUGAUAUCUGUUAUGCAGAUCUGGUUCUUUGUCAGUCAUGAAAUUCCUGACAAUUAUGGACCUCUCUUGUUAUAGGGCAAGCAUUGAAGAAUCUAUUUUGAAGUGCCAUUAGUAUAGUUAGUAUACAUGGUGACCAUUGGCUGUAUUCUGAACCAGUUCUAACUGUAACCUCCAUAUAGAUUACGUGGUAAGAAAGUCAAAUAUAUAAAAACUGUGUUCACAUAGUAUGGUUAUGAUGUUUUCCAUGUUUUGUUUUUGAUGCUUUAACAGCAAACAGAUAGUAGUUAUUCCACACCACAUGUUUAUAGUUACGGUGCCAAAUGUAGUUAUAAGUUGAGGAUUCACUGUAGAUUCUGUGAAACAUUUGGCCGCCCUUACAUGUAGGUCAAGCACAGAUCUAAACUACAAUUUAUGUUAGACAAGUGUUCAGAAUACAGGUCUAUAUUCAUAUAAUCUGGGCCAGGUUGCAUAAAAUAUACUAUUAAAUAGUAACUUUGCUAUCCAAUGUAACUACCAUGAUAGCAGGGCCCAACAGCCAAUCAAAAUCAAGAAUUCCAUGCAAGUUACCAUUGCAUGGCAAGUAACUUUUGUGCAACAGGGGCCCUGCACCUACAUUUAUGCCUUUUAUUACCUGAUUAUUAAUUUUUAAGUGUUAUGUCUAAAACAAAUUUGAACAUCGGGUUUAUGGUAUCCCUCUGACAUUAGAUACAUUGUUUAAUUUGCUAUCCACAUCAGCACCGCCUUAUUCUAAUCAAGAGUUUUAAUUCAUUAAGAGCAGAAACUCAAGGAAACAGUCAUUGAGAAUCUAUAAAUUAGUAAAUUGAAGUGACAAUUUAAGCGUGUAAAAUGUGUAAUUGUUUUUGAUAGAUUGAGAGAUAUACCGUUUCUCUUCCUAGUAUGUUUCCAGAAAUACACAAAUUUAUAUUUUAAUCCAACUUGAAAAUUAAUGUGACAGGGCUCUCUUAUGUACAUGUUCGUAGGUUUCUAUUUGUAAUUCUCCCUUGGGUGAUGUUAUGAGAAUAGAAGCAAACAAGGUAUUGAUGACAUUUGUAUAUAUUUUACUUCUUUCAGCGAUACUGUACGGUAUAUCAUGGUAUAAUACUCUUAAUAAAAACAGAUGAAAAUUUA